AUGCCUCACAGUGCCGCCUCGCUGCGCCGCCACCGGCGCAAGAAGCACGAGCGCCACCUGAGCUGCCCCUUCUGCAGCCGGCCGGUGCGCGAGAGUUACCUCGAGAUGCACAUCCUCAUCAAGCACUCAAAGACGGAGAAGGGCUAUCUGUGCACACUCUGUGACCGCUCCUACGAGUCGGCCAAAUACCUGAAGGUGCAUCUGCGCACGGUACACAGCGACGGUAAGCAGUACCAGUGUACCGAGUGUGGUCGCUUGCUGGCCAACCGCGGCAGCCUGCACGCGCACAUGCAGCGGCACGCGCGCAGCCACCAGUGCUCGCUCUGCGGCCGCCGGUUCGCGCUGCUCAAGCAGCUCGAGACGCACGCGCGGCACCACACGGGCGAGCGGCCGUUCCUCUGCACCGACUGCGGCAAGGCCUUCAUCUCAGUCGAGCGCCUGCGCAAGCACGCGCACGUGCACGCGGUGGCGCCGACGUGCGAGGUGUGCGACCGCGUGUUUGCCAGUCGCGCCGGCCUCGAGGCGCACCGGCGCACGCACAGCGGCGACCGGCCGUUCGCCUGCACCGUGUGUGCCAAGACGUUCAAGCGCGCCGCCCACCUGAGCGACCACGUGGCCAGCGUGCACGGGGAGGACCGGCCUUUCAAGUGCGACCAGUGCGAGCGCUCCUUCACCCUGGAGCCGUACCUGAAGCGCCACCAGCGGCUGCACGGCGGCCAGAAGCCGCACGGCUGCGCCGCCUGCGGCAAGCGCUUCUUCAAGAAGUACAACCUGCAGGCGCAUCUCAAGACGCACGAGGCGGGAGCGGCGGCGCCGCCCCCGCCGCCGCCGCCAGCCACGUACGCCGCGCCGCCGCCUCCUCCGCUUUCGCCUCCGCCGCCGCAGACUGGGCAGCGGCCUCUAAGGGCCCACGCAGCCGUGCUGGUGGUGGGUCAUCCAGCCGUGUUGGUGGUGUUCCAGGCGAGCCUCGGGCUGGGGAGAGUGGUGGCGUGUGAUGGCGAGAUCGUCUACGCUGUGAUCGCCACGUGA